CGUUUAGUUUCAGUUGGCGCGCUCCUUCGACUGCACUGACACAAGAAGUGUAUUUACAUGUAACCGGUAAUUUCUGUAAAAUACUUAUAUCGUGAAAUUGGCACGUUUGUUGUGUAGCAACAACCUAAAUCCAAGCUGUUGUGGUGUAAGAAAGCCUGGCAAGAACUCGAAGCUUCUUAGUUACGUAAUGGAGAGGUUGCCCUCAGAAGAUUUGUAUCGAAAUCCCCAUCGCCUUUCACACUGCGGACAGAUAAUCUCAUUUAACUGCAAACAAGAUUCCAUCAUAAAUGACAGCGAAACAAGUGAGUUAAUAUUCCACAGUCUAACCUUUGAACAGAGAGACAACACGUUUCUGAAAGCAGCAGAAGGAGCAGCUAUCGUCAGCAGGAAAAAAUCACCCCAUCUGGACAUUGUAACAUGUAAAUGUGCUAUAGAUGUUCAGAAGAGAGCAAGAACACCGUGUAUUUUGGUGUCGAAGAAGAGUGAGAAAAAAAGAGAGAGCUUCCAGUACAGGCUUUUUACACUGAGCAGAGAAAACAAACUGGAGCCUUGCAUUGAGUUUAAACUCCCCUACCAGAUAAAGGAUAAAGUGUACAUCCUUCAGGGCCCAACAGUACUGUGGAAUCACGAAGACUGUGUUUUUUACACAUCUCUUCAUGCUGGAGGAGUGAAAAAGAUACCCAUUCAAAUGUCACACAGUGUUUUUGGAGAACUUCCCCACCACAGAGGGCAAGUAUUUGUUCUUGGACUGAAAAGCCCCUCAGAACAGUGUUUAAAAGGCCAGUCCACUAGCCCAGCCCCUGGCUAUUUUCUUGGGGAUGAACAAGUUUUUGAUGGUACUAUGAUUUUACCUCACCCCUAUGUUUCCAUCACCCAGUGCAUCCUGGUACUUAGAGCUGACAUGGUAGAUGAUGUGUUGAACUGUGCCAUGGUUGCAGCAACUUCAAGUCAGCAACUUGUUUAUUUUGAGGGUGGAAUAGUAAAAGAUGUGUGUCAGCUACCCUUUGAACAAGCUGAGGAUAUACAGAUUGUUAACAUGGGAAGAAAUGGCUGCCUGUUUGUCAUAUUCUUUCACCAAGGGAAUGUUUGCACUGUAUGGAAGGACACAUUUCAGGUGGCCUCCUGCUGGUCAGAUGUCAGCUCUGUACAUGUAGAUGACUUUUUGAGAUGUGGAACAGACCAGAUUCUCCUGGCUUUUAAGGAUCAAGGAGAAACAAAAUUACUGAAAAAAUUCCUCAUAACUGACCUCUGUGGUAUUUCCUACUCCGAUGGACAAGACUCUGAAGCACCAAAAACAAACCUGCCUCAACCAGAAAACUAUAUCCUUACUCUUCAAGCUUUAGAAUCAAGAUUACAGAGUGGAUUGAUCGUCCUUCAAGAACUUCAAAGAGAAGUGAACGUGAAGGACAGAGUUCUGCAGCAGGCGGUCCAAAUCCUCACUGAUGUGCUCUCUGAGAGGAAGACUGUUCUCACCCAACAUGAGCAGGAAGGCCUCGUUGCUCUGUGGGAUUGUGAUGACGUGUCAGAGAAUGAAACUUUGGAUGACAAAAUGCAAGACUCGCCAGCGCUGUCUUCAAAACCUCAAAUUGACAAGCUCUGGCAUCGCAUCACUGAGGACCUGAUGGUUGUGGGGGUGAUACUAACUUCUGACAGUGCUGUACCAGUGACCAGUGUGAGCUUAUCCCUCCUGACAGAGACAGGCCAGAGCUCAACGCCUGCAGUAAUCCAGACCCAAAGCCAAGUGUUCUGGCUUCCCGCGCCCAGCCCCUCAUCACCAUCCUCCCCCUCUUCCGUUUCUUCCUCGUCUGCCUCUGCGUUCACAGAGCCUGCAGCCAAAAGAAGCAAGCAACACAUCACCAGCAAUGAUCUCAACACAGACAGACUGGCUGUGACUGCGGUGACCAAGCUGGCACCUCUGCUGAACUCUUGCUGUGUCAAGUGCCGUGUCAUGCUCCAUUACAUGCAGAAAGCAGAUGCUUUUUCCCUGGUGAGCAGCAGAACACCAGUUGUCAUGAACUGUGGUGAAGUCACUGUUGACAUUUGCAAUGUUUUCCAAACCCAGCUGCUGAAAAACCCCCAACUCAAAACAGACGAGGCUAGAGAGGACUUUCUAAGUCUACUGGCAUUGCUGGAUCGCUGGGUUUUCCACAUAGACUCUCCUGAUUACAGUCUGGGUGACAUAGAGGGCUGGAUUCAGAGGAGAACUGGUUGUAAGAAGAUAGAAGUGAGCCCUCAGUAUGUACUAUUAGAUUCUUCAGGACCAUCUGCUCUCAUUCUGCUGCACUGGAAACAAAUAAGCCCUUUCCAGGGAGAACUGUCCAUCCACUCAAGCCAGUUACUGAUGUUCCAGUUCUUGGACUCGCUGCUAGCGCACCUCCCUCCGUCCUGCUUCAUCCAACCUGUUAAAAGCACAAGAUGUCAGACUACAACUCAAGCAUUGGCUUUAGCUUUAGAAAAAGAGAUUAUGUCACUCAGAGAGUGUGCGUCGUCCCUUUUGUGUGAAGAGGAUGGCAAUGAGGGGCGCAUGGGACAUGAGGAAACCCCUGAGACAGGUUCUGUAGAGGGGCUGCAGAGGUGCAGGGAAGUGUGGCAGCGGGACACAGAGAGGAGCAAAAUGAGGUUGAGCCCUCUGGUGGAUGUGGGGCGGUAUCGUAAGCUGCUCCAAAGCAUGUGUGAAGUCCAAAUGGAUGGAGAUUUGGCUGUUCUCCAAGACACCCAGAGGACUUUGCUCAGCUAAUAGGCUGCAGAUGUGAUUAUUGUUGAAAAUGCCAUUGUGUUCUCUACAAAGAAUUUGCAUAAAUGGAGACUAUGUUUACUCCUGUAUUUUGUGAAGUGUAAUAAAAGCACUUCAUUUUA